AUGAAGUUUUUCUUCCUCUGGGUUCUCUUGAACCUGCCAGUUGCUUUGGCCCUCAAACCAGAUUACACAAUUGGCACCGCUCCCCCUUACUUAGCCUACUUGAAAUCUGAUUACUUGCCCUGCGUGGGAGUCCUGAUCCACCCGCUCUGGGUCAUCACAGCUGCACACUGCAACUUACCAAAGCUUCGGGUGAUAUUGGGGAUUACAAUCCCAGCAGAUUCCAGUGAAAAACAUCUGCAAGUGGUUGGCUAUGAGAAGAUGAUUCACCAUCCACAAUUCUCAAUCACAUCUGUUAAUCAUGACAUCAUGCUAAUCAAGCUGAAAAGAAAGAUUGAACUCAAUGACCAUAUAAAACUGGCAAACCUGCCCUAUCAGUCUGUCCCUGUGAACACCAUGUGCACUGUCACCACUUGGAGCUACAACGUGUGUGAUAUCUCCAGGGAGCCUGACUCACUGCAGAAUGUGAAUAUCUCUGUAAUCUCCAAGGCUCAGUGCCGCAAAGCUUACAAAAACUACAGCAUCAAGGACGAUAUGCUGUGUGUGGGCAUCGUGCCAGGAAGGAGGCAGCCCUGCAAUGAAGUCUCGGCUGCCCCAGCAGUCUGCAAUGGGAUACUUCAAGGAAUUCUAUCUUUUGCGGAUGGAUGUGUUUUAAGAGCUGAUGUUGGCAUCUAUGCCAAAAUCUUCAACUAUAUACCGUGGAUUGAAAAAGUAAUCCAGAACAACUGA